AUGGACAUGGGAGGAUUCGUAAUCGCGGAACAAAUAAUGUUGGAGAGUCAAACAUCAUUGGAGAUUCUGCUGUGUAUGCAUCUUCACGUCAUCUCGAUCUCAAGUUUCUACGUGAUUGGGAAUCCAGGUAUACCUUCUCUUUAUCGAACAUCGUCAGUAUUCAUUACCACAUUCAAUGUUAAUGGAUGUAUACCAACUCUGGAUGGAAUACCGAGUUGGUUAAAUUGUGAAGGCAUUCUUCCACCUGAUUUUUACAUUAUUGGACUUCAAGAAAUGGAUUUUUCUCCACAAGCUUUCAUAAUGAAUGCAUCAACACGACACAUGGAAUGGAAAGUCAUUAUCGCCAAAUCUUUUCCGAAAGGCACUCAUUAUGAUUUGGUAAGUGAAAUACGAUUGGUAGGUAUAUUAUUAGCAGUUUACCGACGUAUAGGCAGUAAAAUCAAGGUACAUCCAUCCGAAAUUGACGCAGUUAUGGUACCGACUGGACGAUAUAAUGUAUUUGGAAGAGCACUGAGUGAUAAGGGUGCUGUUGCGAUCAGCAUGUGUAUGAACGAUACAGCAGUUUGUUUUGUGAACGUACACUUUGCUGCUCAUAUUGAUGGAAAUGAAAAACGCAUCUUGGAUUAUAAACAUAUAGUCAAAAAUAUACGUUUUAAUAAAAAUGGUAAAACUCUUUUCGAACACGAUGCUGUUUUUUGGUUUGGUGAUUUAAAUUUUCGCUUGGAUACUGCAUAUGGUAUGAAUAACAAUGAAUUGCGUAAACUAUGCAACGAUGAUGAGGCAUUCAGAGAUAUGCUUGUUUACGACCAGCUUAAAAGAGCGAUGAAACUCAAAAUUAUAUUUAAAAAUUUCAAAGAACCGGAAUUUUUGAAUUUUCGUCCAACUUUCAAAUAUGAUAUUAACUCCGACAAGUGGGAUAGCAGCAGAAAAAAACGUGUGCCUGCUUGGUGUGAUCGUAUUUUAUGGUGGAAUCAGAAAGGAGUCCACAUCAGACAGAAAUUUUACGACAGCGUACCAUCCAUCAGAUUUUCAGACCACAGACCAGUUAGGGCUCUUUUUUACUUGGGUGUACGAGAAAUCGAUCCGACUGAAUAUGAAAAAACUUACCGAAGAGCGUUCAAGGGAGGGAGUCGUCGUCGUAAUGAUUAUCGCUAUAAGAAGGAAGAAACGAAGGAGUGA